AUGGCCAGCGUCCCCGACAAGGUCGGCGGCGGCCGUGAUCCCGUGCAGUCCUCCGAGGCCUCUAGCACCACCCAGGCCGAUCAAAUUCACGCCGUCAUGAGCGAGAAGUCGGAAACCGAUGGGCAGUACGAACUCGAGCCCACCACCCCAUCCGGACGGGUCGAGCUCACGGAGGACAUGUGCUACGACCAGCUCGGAUACUCUUUCAGCGAGAGGCGCAAGUGGAUGAUCAUCAGUGUGAUUUUCUUGGUACAAGUCUCCAUGAAUUUCAAUACCUCGCUAUACUCGAAUGGUUUGUCGGGUAUCUCUGAGGAGUUUGGUGUCUCCAUGCAGGCGGCGCGUUGUGGUGCCAUGAUUUUCCUUGUGCUGUACGCUUUCGGCUGUGAGCUGUGGGCUCCAUGGAGUGAGGAAUUGGGUCGCAAACCUAUUCUCCAGGCCUCUCUCUUUCUCGUGAAUGUCUUCCAGCUGCCCGUGGCUCUUGCCCCCAACUUCGCCUCCAUCAUGGUUGGCCGUGCCCUCGGUGGUCUUUCUUCCGCCGGUGGCUCGGUGACUUUGGGUAUGAUUGCGGACCUUUGGGAAGCCGACACUCAACAGUACGCUGUUGCGGCCGUCGUCUUUUCUUCCGUCGGUGGUUCAGUCCUCGGUCCUGUCAUCGGUGGUUUCGUUGAGGCUUACCUUCCCUGGCGCUGGAACAUUUGGAUUCAGUUGAUCUUUGGCGGCUUCGUUCAGAUCAUGCACUUUUUUAUUGUCCCCGAAACUCGAACCACUGUCCUGAUGGACCGCAUUGCGAAGAAGAUGCGCAAGAGCGGCGAGCACCCCAACAUUGUGGGCCCUACUGAGGGCAUGUCUUUCCGCCAACGCUUCCCCCCGCGUGAGCUCAUGCUCACCUGGAUCCGUCCUUUCCGCAUGUUCCUGACCGAGCCCAUCGUAUUGACCCUCUCUUUGUUGAGCGGUUUCAGUGAUGCUCUGAUUUUCAUGUUCAUUCAGUCGCUGUCUCUGGUCUACGGACAGUGGGGUUUCAACACCUGGCAGAAGGGUCUGGCUUUCAUUCCUAUCGUCAUCGGAUACUUUAUCGCUUGGUUCUCGUGGUUCCCCAUUAUCCGCCGCAACGUUAAGGAGCGACGCGAUAACCCGGAAAGUGAACGCGCCCAGUACGAGUCUCGUCUGUGGUGGCUGCUGUAUACCGCGCCCUGCCUGCCCAUUGGCCUCAUUGGCUUCGCCUGGACCAGUUUGCCCCAGUGCCACUGGAUUGGUUCCAUGAUCUUUGCUGCCAUUAUUGGCAUUGCCAACUAUGCCAUCUACAUGGCUACCAUCGAUUACAUGAUCUGUGCCUACGGCCCUUACUCUGCUUCCGCAACCGGCGGCAACGGAUGGUCUCGCGACUUCCUGGCUGGUGUGCUUACCAUCCCGGCUACACCUUUCUUCACCAAUAUCGGCGGCAAAUACCACCUCGAAUAUGCUUCCACGAUUCUGUUUUGUAUCUCUCUUGUGUUGGUCAUUGCAGUCUACGUGAUCUACUGGAAAGGCCCGAGUCUCCGCAAGCGCUCCCCCUUCGCUCAGCAACUCUCGGAGGCUCGGCACGACGCGCACAUUGCGAGCCGUCGUGGAUCCAAGGUCCCAAUGGCGUCGCGUGCGAACUCGUACGCUCGAUCCGCGCAGGAUCUCCGCAUGCGGCAAGCCAUGGGCAGCCGCCCGGGCUCCCGCGUCAACUCCCGCGUCAACUCGCGGGCCAACUCCCGCCGCAACAGUUUGGUUGCUGCCGAAAAGGGUGUCUGA